GAGCUUUUGCACGUGGAGCAGUGAGCAAUCCUUCAUCGUCGGUCCAGCAGUAUAGUAGAAAGUUAUGUAUCUCUCUCCUCUGGCCGCGUCUCCAUGUCCUCCUCGUCAACCGCUAGUGUGGACAACGGCUGAAUCUCCUUAGACGAGAAAGGAGAGACCCACUUCGGAUCUUUCACCAUCUCCAUGACUGGCUCUGCAUUCACUGCACACAACACAAAGGCUCCGCUCCAUUCCAUCUUCAUUUCCCGUUCUCAGUUUCUGAAACAUAAUAUUCACCAAUGCACUUCUCUGCUGAAUUAUUUAUCGCAUGCGCGUGCACUGAUUACUGCAUGCGCGAAUUAAUCGCUAGUCGCUAAGCGCUUUUGCACGUGGAGUAGUGAGCAAUCCGAUCCUUCAUCGUCGGUCCAGCGGUAGUGGAAAGUUGUGUAUCUCUCUCUUCUGGCCGCGUCUCCAUGUCCUCCUCGUCAACCGCUAGUGGGGACGACGGCUGAAUCUUCUUAGACGAGAAUGGAGAGACCCACUUCGGAUCUUUCACCGUCUCCAUGACUGGCUCUGGAGACAUUGGGUACCUGUCCGAGAAAGUGAGGUGUUCAGAGGCGAUAGUAUUCUGACAUACCCCAGCCUGUCUAUAGUAGGCAGCAAUCGCAGCAUCAGCAUGUGUAUUCACUUGCCUGAAGAAGAUUGCUCUGGGAUCGCAAGAUGAUACUCUUGGUUUGUCUGCAUGCGAAGCCCUUCACCCUCUGCGGUAACAUGGACCCAUACUUCGGCUGGAGAGUUCAGUUGUUAUGGGACCAGACUAAAAGAUUUAACAUAGAGCCCAUUCCGACAGUGUGUGGGGCGUGGCCUGGACUCGGAAUGAGACCCUGGACCAGGAGCUCAUUGUGUCUGGCUCUGUCGACAACACAGUCGGAGUGUGGGCAUGGGAUGAUGGGAGGUCCCUAUUGGAACCAAAGUGGACCUUUGAGGGGCAUCAAUUGGGAAUCAUCUCCGUGGCAACCACCCCCACUGGAACAGUGGGAGCCAGCAGUGGUCUGGAUGGUGGUAUCAGGACAUGGGACCUCACCACAGUGGAUGUAUGGACUCUCACCUUCUCCCCUGACUCACAGUUCAUAGCAACAGGUAGUCACAAUGGUAAGAUCAACCUUCAGUGCAUCGGAAGGAAAGAAAGCCAGUUCUCUGGACACCCGCGGCAAAUUCAUCAUGAGCGUCACCUACAGUCCAGAUGGGAAGUUGAUAGCGAGUGGUGCAGUGGACGGAAUCAUCAACGUAUUUGACGUGGCCACUGGAGCUCUCCUGCACACUCUGGAGGGCCACGCCAUGCCAGUCAGAUCUCUCUGCUUCUCUCCUGAUUCCCAGCUUCUCGUUACCGCCUCUGACGACAGGGACAUGAAGAUCUAUGACGUUGAAACCACAAAACUAUGGGGCCAACGAUUUUCAUCGCUUGCAGAGGGGUCGUCCCUAUCUCGGAGGUUAAAUAAUAUAUUGAAGUACAUACAUAAUUAACACUUCCUCGCAGAAUUUUACAUGCACAUGUCUGUGUCAACCACAUUAAGGAGAAAUAAUUAUUAUGAAAGCUGUUCAACUCUUCCUUUGCUUUCAUACUUACAUACCUCACUUAUGCUUAGUUUGUCUAUCUCUUUCUCCCCUUAUUUUCCUCCCUAUGCCUUUAAACCUUUUUUCUUUCUCCCCCCUUUUUUCGUCUUUACUCUCACUCUGCUUCCCCCACACCCACACACACACACCCCGACUCCCGACCCACGACCCACUCCGUCCAUGAGGAAGCAAUGUCUCUACUCCUCGUCUUCCUCUCCUCCCAGAUGUAUGGCUUCUCCUCCGGCUCUGGGAUUCUCCUACAACACAUUCUCUCCAUACCUAUUGACCAAUGCAACAGUUUGGUCCAUCGUCUCGUCCUCCAUUUUUCCAGCCAGCCCUCUGCUCCCCCCUCCCACCUUCACUCCCCAUCCAGUGUCAUCUCCUCCAUUACAACUGGUAUUUGGUCGAUGAUGUUAUCAACAGCUGCAGCCACCCAGCCUCCCUCCACACUGGCCGACGGGGCCGUACUACUCCUAUUAGUGCUCACCCAUCAGCAGAUGAGUGGCCGCAAUCCGUACCGUCGGGCCCUGCUACAGUUCACUGACGAACACAGCAGCAGGAAGACCAGAGCCCCGUUCUCUCUCAACCUCCAGAAACUGUACCUCUCUCUCUGCAAUAACCUGUCGGAGCAGACGACUCUCCUCCUCUAUCUCCUGCUACAGGGAAACCCUCACGUCGCAUCUUUCAUCUUCUCUCGAUCUGACAUUGCCCUUCUGGUGGUUCCUCUCCUCCAUCAUCUCCAUGGCUCCAGUCAGCAGCCGUCCAGUGCCCAUCAUGUCUACAUGUUGCUCAUUGUUCUCCUCAUCUUCUCUCAGGACGACUGCUUCAACAAGUCCAUACACGAACAGCAUCUCCAGAAGGUGGAGUGGUAUUCUGAGAGAUCACUGACCAACAUAUCAGUUGGUAGUCUGAUGGUAAUAGUCCUGGUCAGAACUAUCCAGGCCAACAUAUCCCUCAUUCAGGACCAGUACCUCAGCCACCACUGUCUGCUGGCACUGGUCUGGCUAACAUGUCGUCCCACUUCAACUACCCCUCAUCUCGAUGCCGCCCAGAAGAUUGUCACAUUGUUCAAACAACUGGCUAAAAAGUACCACAGGAUAACUCAGACGACCACACCCACAACCACGCCCACUUCAGCCACACCCCUAUCCCCAGACUCUGAGGCUGUGUUCAGAGAGAGUGCAGAUUUUAGUACAGAGGUGGGGGUAGUGGAGGAGAUUCUGGUGAUGAUACUGGAGAUUGUCAACUCGUGUCUGUCCCAUCGUCUGGCGACCAACCCCCACCUGGUCUACUGCCUCCUCUACCAGAGAGAGGUGUUCUCCCCGCUACACACCUCCCCUCCCCUCAUGGACCUCGUCAGGAACAUCCUCAGUGUGGUGGAGUUUUUCUCAAAGAAGUUGGAAGAGAGUGGACCAUCUCCCUAUUCUUCUCCAUUUGUCCUGGAGACCAUCAUCAGAUGCUCUGCCACCUGGCCUCACCACAGACUGCGGGUAUUUCCAGAGCUAAAGUUCCGCUACGUGGAAGAAGCUCAACCGGAGGAAUUCUUUGUGCCCUACGUGUGGACCCUAGUCCACAAGAACUCUCCUCUCCACUGGCAGCAGUUUCACGUCUCCUGCUCUCCCUCCUCCUCUUCUUCCACCAUUCCCCACUGACACUUCUCAACUCCCAUCCCCUAUUCUCAUCCUCAUCUUGUGCAUCAAUAAUUAUUAAUGAAGGAUAAUAUGUGAAUAUGCUCAGCAUUCUGCUAUAUUAGGUGGGGGAGUGGUGAAUUUUGAUGUAUGCGUGGGUGUAGAGCUGGUAAACAGGGGCAACGGUUGCACGCAUGCACGUUGAGAGGGUGAAGCCGGCCACACCCAAACAUAAGCGUCGUGGGCGUCAAACAACAAG